AUGCCCGCUCGUGAGGUCCUCAAGUAUCAGUCUGAGCUCAUUCAGACUGCCAACGCCAUCUGCACUCCCGGUAAGGGAAUCUUGGCUGCUGAUGAGUCCACUGGUACCAUCAAGAAGCGUUUCGAUGCUGCUGGUAUCGAGAACACUGAGGAGCACCGUGCUGCCUACAGAUCUCUUCUUUUCACUGCCCCUGAUGCUGGCAAGUACAUAUCUGGCUCCAUUUUAUUCGAGGAAACUCUUUUCCAGAAGAAUGCUGAAGGUAUCCCGAUGGUCGACUUGCUUAAGAAGCAGGGCAUUAUUCCCGGCAUCAAGGUUGAUAAGGGACUUGUCCAGCUCGCUGGUACCGAUGGUGAGACUGCCACUCAGGGACUUGAUGGUCUUGCUGAGCGUUGCCAGAAGUAUUACGAACAGGGUGCUCGCUUUGCCAAGUGGAGAGCUGUUCUGAAGAUUGACGAAGCUAAGCAGAUGCCUUCUCAGCUUUCCAUCGUGGAGACUGCACACACUCUUGCUCGUUAUGCGACCAUCUGCCAGGCCAAUGGUCUUGUUCCCAUUGUCGAGCCCGAGAUCUUGACGGACGGUGCUCACACCAUCGAGACUUCUGCCUAUGUUACUGAGAGAGUUCUAUCUGCUGUUUUCAAGGCCUUGAACGACCAGCAUGUUCUUCUUGAGGGUUGCCUCCUCAAGCCUAAUAUGGUUACUGCUGGCGCCGACUGCCCUGUGCGCCCUACCGCCCAGAAGAUUGCUGAGUUGACUGUCCGCACUCUCGCCCGCACUGUCCCUCCGGCUCUCGUUGGUGUCGUCUUCCUUUCUGGUGGUCAGAGNNNNGUUCACCAUGGAAAAUGUUCCCAUCAUGCUGAAAUUUCUAUAGUGACCAUCAGCUCCAGUGCCAAGCUCCAGGAUUUGACCACAGUCUGGUAG